AUGAUAAAUACAUCAGGUAAAUUUAAAAAUUUAUGUUUGAAUAUAAUUAAUAAUAUAAAAAAUAAUCCAAAAGAGGAAGAAAAUAAAACGACUGAAAAUGAUAAUAAUAACACAUCAACUAAUGAAAACUGUGAUAAAAAAUACGAUAUAAAAAAUGAUGUAUUAAAACAAGUUCAGGAUAAUAAAGAAAUAAAACAAAAUGAAGAAUUAUCCAAAGAUUUAGAUAAACAAUUAAACUUAACACACCAUAUUAUUACUGACCAAACUGUAGACAAUAAUAUAAAUAAAAAUAAUACAGACAAAAACGUGGGCCUAAAUCAGACUGAUAAGUAUAAUUUCCUUCAAUCUGAAAGUGAUGUAAAUGGUAAAAAUGGUAAAAACGAAAACGAUGAUGAUAAAAAUGGUAAAAAUGAAAGCGGUGAUGAUAAAAAUGGCAAAAAUGAAAGCAAUGAUGAUAAAAAUGGCAAAAAUGAAAGCGGUGAUGAUGAUAAAUAUAACGAAACGAAUUGCAUUGUAGGAAAUUAUAUUAAUUUGAAGGCAGAAAAACAUGAAAAUGAUUCUAAAGAAUUGUGUCAAGAGUCUAUAAAAGGAAGUAAUGAACAUUUCAAUACCACGAUAAAGGAACCAUGUAACAAUAUAACUACUGAUUUAAACUUCCAUUUCAAAUGUGAUAUAAAUAAUAAAAAUUGUUAUGACACUUCAAAAAAAAAGAAAGAAGAAAAUGAUGAUAAUAAUAAUAAUAAUAACAAACCAAUGUAUUACUACAAUACUGCAUCAGAUUUAAGCACAUGUAAUAAUGAAAAAAAUAUAAAAAAUUUUUAUGAAGAAAAACUUGGUGAUUCUUGCCGAUUUUUUAUUUACACAUCAAAUCCAUAUAAUUCUGAUAUUAGAAUGAUAAAAGAAAAUUGUUUAACUAUAUAUCAAUUAUUAUUUACUGAGAAAAAAAAAUGGUGUUCUAUUUAUAUAUGCACAGAUAAUGGGCCGAUGUCAAAUUUUAAUUAUCAUUUAUAUAAAAUAUUAUGUAGUAAAGAUGAUAUAUAUAUGUACUUUUUUUUGUUAAAAAAAUUUAUAUUUUCAUGCUAUAUAUACUUUAAUUUAAUUAGUAUUCAAAUAUUUUCCUCUUUAUCAAUUUUUUCGUACAAAAAUAGAAAUUCAAGUCGUUCCACAGAUGCUCAAAAUUAUAUGAGUGUUAACAACUUUUCAGAAUUAAAAAAUUAUGAACAAUUUCAAAAUAAAACAGAUGAUAAUAUAAGUUUGAGGAAAGGAGACGAUGAGAAAAAAAAAAGAAAACAAAAAAAUGAAAUAUCAAAUAAUUUAGAAAAUAAAAAACCUAAAUUAAAUAAUGACGAAAAUGAUGAAAAUAUAAAAUGUUUUAGUAAAAAUUUAGAAAAUACUCAUAACAAAGAAUAUAAUGACUAUUUUUUGUCGAGUUAUAAAAAUAAUAAAGAUAAUGAUUCCGGUAAUGUCGAAAGCGACAAUAAAAAUAUGUUUUUGUUUAAUAAUGACUUAGAUUAUAAAUGUAAAAACAAUUUAAAUAAUUUAUUAAAUUAUGAUGAUAUAAAAAAUAAUAAUUAUUUAUAUAAUGGCUUUUGUAAAAAUGAAGAAUCUCAAUUUUUCAAUUUUAUAUAUAAUCCAUAUAAACAUAUAUAUGAAAAUAAAACUAACACAUGCUCAACUUAUUUUAAUUUUUUUGAAAAAGAUAAAACAGAUAUUAAAAAAAAGUUACAAUUAUUUAUUAAUACACAUUCACCUACUAUGAUAAAUAUUACAAAAAAUUUGAAUUCAUUUUAUUUAAAUAAAAAUAAAAUAACAUCUUUUGUUGAAAAGUAUAAAGACACUAGCUUUUUUUCCUGUGAUAAUUUUAAAAAAGAAAUAACAGAAAAAUUUGUAAAUAGUUUUGUUGAGACUUUUAUUUUGAUGAUUACUAAAACGGAAGGUAAAGAGAAUGCUUGCGAAAAUGAAGAUAAUGGUGGCCAAAAUAAAGAAAAUGGUGGCCAAAAUGAAGAGAAUGGUGGCCAAAAUGAAGAGAAUGCUUGCAAAAAUGAUCAAAUAAAACAUGGCGAAAAUAUACAAGGGCAAGAUCAUUUUAAUGCUGGAAGCGAUGGAAAUUCGCUAGCUACAACAUUUGAUGGUAAUUCAAACAAAGAAUUUAUAAUAAAUAAAAAUGAACCAAUUUCAAGUAAUCAUAUUGAAAGUGCUCAAGUUGGUAAUACAACAAAUGAUGGGAUGCUGGAAAAUAGGAGCAAUUUGUUGGAUGAAAAAAGUCAAAGUGUUGGCAAAAAUGAAAAAAAUGAAAAAAAUGAUAAAAAUUGUGAAAAUGACAAAAAUGACGAAAAUAACAAUACGUCUGAUAACAUUCCCCCUAUGUCAGAAAAUGAAACAGAAGAAGAGUCACUAUUGGAAAAGGAAGAUAACAAGGAGGCGAGCUGUCGAAAUAGUGACGGUUGCCGAAAUAGUGAUGACUGUCGAGGUGCUGAUUCGGUUUGUCCCGAAAGUGGAUCAAAAAAUUGGGAUACACUUGAUAGCAGCAAAAAUCUUGACAGUAGUUGUGCAAUAAGUACAAACUAUGUUGAAAGUAAUGGACUGAUGGAUAGCAACAAUAAUAUUUUAGGAACAGACCAAAAUGUAGAAGAUAUGAAUACAAAGGCUUUUGAAAUAUCUGGAGAAAGCGGUGAAAGUUGUAAUAAAAAUGAUAUAAAAAAGGAAUAUAAUUUAUUAGAUGAAAAUGGCGAAAAUGGUGAAAAUGGUGAAAAUGAUGAAAAUAAUAAAAAUGAUAAAAAUGAUGAAAAUGAAAAAUGUUUUUUGAAAGAAGAUAAAAAUAAUCCUAAAUUGAAUGAUCAAUUAAAAACAAGUCAAAGUUUACCAAACAAUAUAAUAUUAAAUAAUUUAAAUAUAUUAAUGGCAGAUCUAAAUGAAUUAUAUUAUUAUCUUGAAAAUAAAAAAGGUAAAUUAAUAAGACAAGGAUGGAAUAUUCAUGGUGGUUUAGAAAAUGGUGGAUAUUAUUCAAGUUUUGGUAAAAAUAAAUAUUUUGAUAUAAACAAUAAUGAAGAAAAUAACAUAAUUUUAAAAACAGGUAUUUUUGAAAAUCAAAAAUUAAAUUCGAUAUUUUAUGAUGGAGAAAAAAAUGAAGAUGAUGAUGAAAAUGAAACAAGAGUAAUAGAUGAAAUGUAUUAUAUAGAUACAAAUAAAAAUGAAGAUGAUCAUUAUAAUUUAGAAAUAUCAUCUAUAAAUUUAACAAAAUGUUGUUCUGUAUGUUCAGGAGCACAAUAUGAUAACUUUGAAACAAAUAGUAACCAUUAUAAUGAAAAUAAUAAAAUCGAAGUGUUUAUAAAAGAAAGCGAUUUUUUUUGUAACUGUAAUAAUAUUGCAAGUACAUCACAAAAUUUUAAUUCAAAUUAUAAAUUAUGUUUUAAUAAUGAUGUUAAAUCUGAUGAAUAUUAUAUGAUAAAAAAAAAUAACAUUGACCAAAUGAAUAAAAUGCUUGGUGAAAUAUUAUAUAUGAACAAUUCAGAAACAGAAGGAAUCAGAUGUAAAAAUGAAAUGGAUGGAACUGAUAUAGGAGGAGGAAGUUAUGGAGGGGAAGUUAAAAGAAAUGGAAAAUGUUACAUAAAAAAUAAUAAAGGUAUAGAUAAAGAAAAAAAUAAAAUAUGGUCAGAAAAUAAUUAUGACGAAACGUUUAAUAAUAAUAAUAAUAAUAAAGAUGGUGAUAAUAAUAAGCCAACAUUAACAAGUAGAGAAUUGCGAAAUUUAAGAAGAAAUAAAUUAUUAAAUAAUAAAGAAAUGGAACAAAAAAAUAAAUCAGUGAAAUCAACAUAUGGAUCAAAUUAUGAUAUAAAAUCUCCAAGAGUUAAGAAAUUAGAAAAAUUUACAAGUCUAGAUCAAGAAGAAUUAAGAGAAGUUUUUGGACCUACUGGAGUGUCAGGUGUUUAUUUUGAAAAAAGCCGAAGUAGUUGGACUGCUCAAUAUAAAGUGAGUGGAGGAAAAAGAAGAGCAAAAAGAUUUUUAGUUACAAAAAAUAUGACAUAUGAAGAAAUUGAAAAUGUUAAACAACAAUGCAUAGCAUAUAGAAAACAAAUGGAAAAAGAAUAUACCAAAGAAUUUCUAAAUGAGGACAAAAAAAAAAUAACUAGUAAUAAUAUUAAUCCUCCUGGAAAAAAAUCGAAAAAAAAAAGAAAAAUCAAAAAUUUUUAUGAUUGUUAA